AACUGAAAUGUGAUAGGAAAUUUUUUGGCAGUCUCCUGGCGCAAGUUAGCAAGCGAUUUGUUUGCUAACGUGCACCCCCGCCUAGUUUCCAAUGGUGCGAAGGAGCAAGAAUAGCGGGAAAAAGCUUCUUAGCUUUGGAUUGGGAUCUUCAAACUUGAAUCAACUUGUUCUUGAUGAGCAAUCAGUUCAUGGAUCAUCUGUUCUUGGAUUGGCUGAAGAUGAUGAAGACGAUGGAUUUGAUUCACUCAUGGGAUCAACUGGACCUAAGGGAGGUACGAAAUCUAAAUCUAUGGAGGAUAUACUGAAAUCUUCUUCUUCCUCGAAGGAUCAAAUUCUUGAAGUGAUUGAUACUCCGAAGAUUGGUGUUCAAGCUCGUCUCCUAUGUGAUAUUUACUCUAUUCAAAAACUGCACCAGUGCAUGGUCAAUAUCAGUGAAAAUACAGGACUUGAAGCAAAUCAGGAUAAGUCUUCUGUUUUCUUUGGUGAAGUUGUUGUUGCUGAUAAAAAUCAUAUCAUCAGUUGCCUUGGUUUCAAAGAGGGUACUUUACCAAUCAAAUAUCUUGGUGUUCCUCUCAUCAGUAAAAGACUAUCUUAUGCUGACUGUUUUCCUCUAAUCGACAAAGUUACAAAUCAGCUCCAGUUGUGGUUAAAACAUAAGAAUCUCUCCUAUGUUGGUAGGCUACAAGUUAUAAAGAGUGUGGUUUUGGGUGUUCAAGUAUUCUGGACUUCUAACUACAUUCUACCAGUUCAAGUCACCAGUAAGAUAGAUGAACUGUGCAGGAUUUUUUUGUGGGGCAAAUCAAAUGAGUCUGCUAAAACUCCUUUAGUAGCUUGGGAUAAGGAUUUGGAUAGAGAGAAAUACAAGGAUUUUUCAGGAAAAAUGCAAGAGUUUGGAUCUUCUAGUAAAGGAUAUUAA